AUGCUGAUCUCAUUGACAGUCGGCAAAGUUGAUGCAGGUGUCGCGGUCUUGCUGACCCAAGACAAAAGACUUAUCGAAUUCCCCUCUAUCCUGCUGCCCCCUAAUAUAUCUUCUGGAAGCAUUGUCGAUAUCACCGUCUCCCGCAACUUCGCCUCCGAACAGAAAUCACAAGCUUCUUUCCUGGCGCUUCAAGAUGCGAUCUACAGCUCCUUUGGUGAAUCUGAGCCCUCAGCACCUAUCCUCCGCUGUCGAAAUGCUACACAAACAUCAGUUGUCCUAGAGUGGGAUCCUAUCGAGCUUGCGACCGCAGACAUCAUCUCUCUCUCCUUGUUCCGCAAUGGGCAGAAAGCAGGCAACAUUCCCAGACCAGGAGUCAUGCAGAGCACAAAAAUUAGUGGGCUGGCAGUUGAUACUGAAUACACCUUUCACUUGGUAUUGAGGACGAGUGCUGGCACAUUCAGCAGUGAGAAGGUUGUUGUGAAGACGCACAAGAUGACAGACUUGAGUGGAAUCACCAUUACACCUGGUAUUCUACCAGCGCAGCUGAGAGACAGUCUUACGAGGGCUGUUGAGAGGAUAGGGGCAAAGAUGGCGGAUACUGUCAGGAUCGACACCACACAUUUCGUUACUACUGAAGGAAGAGGCUUGCCGUGGGAGAAGGCCGUGGAGAUGAAUAUUCCUGUCGUUAGGCCGGAAUGGGUUGAAGGUUGCGAGAGAGGUGGUAGAAUUGUGGGUGUCAGACAGUAUUAUCUUGAUGCUGAUCCACGACAACGGCAAAUCGUGCAAGCGGAUCCACCACAGCAGCCCCCGGUUGAGCAAGCAAGAGAAUCUGUGGCCAGCCCCACAGCCGAGGCGCAUGCAAAUGGUUCAAGCCAAGCAAUACCACCUACGCCUCCUGCAAAGGAUACACCAAAGACAGAAGCCCCCAAAUCGGAAGACGAUGGUGAAUCAGAAGUAGAAGAAGAAGAGAAAGCAAAGACCUCCGUGCCAGACGAGCAGAAAGUUCGAGUCGAGGAUCGUGAUCAGCAUAAGGUUGCUCUUCGACCUGCUGCUGCACCAGAGCCUGAGGAGACAGAAAAGGAGAAAGAGCCAGCGGAGGAAGGAAGUGGAUCUGGUUCUCAAACACCGGGACAUUCAAGCUUCCAAGAUGUUGCUCUCUAA